GCGAAAUACACACAGAACCCACAAGCGAAAUACACACAGAACCCACAAGCGAAAUACACACAGAACCCACAAGCGAAUUACACCAACCAUCCACAAGCGAAAUACAGCCACAAUCCACGCGCGAAAUACACACAGAACCCACAAGCGAAAUACACCCAGAACCCACAAGCGAAAUACAUCCAGAACCCACAACAGAAAUACACCCAGAGCACACAAGAGAAAUAUACCCACGAUCCAGGAGAGAAUUACACCACCUAAAUAUAGUCACUAAAUAUACUUGGUCAACCAAGCUGCGAGAAAUACUACAACCAAGCAACAGGAACGCUUUGUUAAUCAUGUUUUGCUUGAUCAUGGCACAACAAUUCAGCGGAAACUUCAUCACUAUGCAGUAUCUAAAUGUGUUGUUUAGCAAAAUAAAGGUGGGUAUCGGACCAAACGUAGCGACGCUGAUGGUCCUGGCUGUCGGCCUUAUAACUAGCAGUUUAAUCAGCUUAAUAGUGGAAUGUCUUAAAAGAAGAGAACUUUUGAUUCUGUCUGGGUUCGGAACGUAUUUGACAUUGUUCUUUUUAGGAAUUUACCUUUUCUUAGAUGAACAUGAAUUUGACGUUUCCAACGCCUCUAUUAUACCAGUUAUCGACCUAAUUAUAUAUCAAAUAAUGUAUCAAAUUGGCUUAGGUACGUUACCCAAUGUUUUCCUAUGCGAGUUAUUUCCUGCGGAACUAAAAGGCAUUGUUGGUGCCAUCAUUGUGAUUUUCGAUGGUAUAAUUGGUAUUAUCAUGCCGAAACUGUAUCAAGAUGUUACCGAUACUGAUGGCUUGUUUGCGAUUUACAUUGUCUUCGCGGCAGUAAGCAGUUCGGCAUUGCUGAUGCUGUUCAUAUUGGUACCAGAAACGAAAGGAAAAACAUAUCGCGAGAUUGAAGCGCUUCUACUUGAUACAUAUUUGAGUUCAUAGAAUGAAGAAGUUAGGACCGAUGAAAUGCAUAUUCGUAGAAUAUGACAGGAGAAAUUGCACCGUACGUCCGUGGCUCGGUGUCUACUUACUCGGAAUAUUUUAUUUCCCAUUUUUAUUAGUAUAACGAUAAAGAUCUACAAUUUUAUCACGAUAUGCAAGUUUUGUAGUAACGUAGUUUUAUUCGUUUGUACGUGUAAUUUUAGAAAUAUGUCUAACAAAGAUGAUGGUCGUUUACAAACAUAUGCAUCGUAUAAAUUGAUUCGCACUCAAGUUAGAGAAAUACAUGUUCUCAAACUAAACUUUUUAUCCAUUUCAUAACACGAAAAAUGUAACAAUAUCAAUUAACUGGAGAUAAUUGAACAACAGUUUGUAAAAGUAAGAAAAGUAAUAUAUUACAGAAUGACAAGGUGACAUAAUACUGACAAGAACAACUUUUUAUAUCUCAGCUGUUAUCUAUGCUGUUAUUUCUUGUAUGAAAUAUGUAGCAUAUGUAUAUCACAUGUACAUAUGUUAAUAUUGUUACAAUAAACAGCAAGUAUGCUGAAAAAGUCAGUACUUAUGCUAAAAAUAAUGUAAUAUAAUUAACAUAAUACAUUGGUAAUAAGUACUUAUAUUACAUUAUCUUUCUCACUGAUAAGCAUAUGUGUUUACACAUAUAAAUAUAUAUGUGUUAUACACUGUCUUGUCGGCGUUAUAUUAUAGUUAUUAGGCAAAAAUCUUUGAAUAUGUUAGUUCGAUUAUUAUAGUAAUUACUGUAGCAUAACACAGUCAUAAAUAUCUAGCCUCGUCUAGCGGGAAUUUUAUCGAACUGCCGAAUGUUAUUUUCGGUAAAUUAUGACUAUAAUAACCGAGUUCACUUCAGAAAUUUAUAAUAUUUCCCACUUUUAGUAUGCGAUGAUUAUUAAAUAGCGAAAAAUUAAAUAUCGAUAAUUUUAUAAAGUAUUGUGUAUCAACAAUUAUGUAUUUAUUGUAUAUCUUUUAAACAAAUAUCGUGCUCAUUAAAAGGCUAGAAGAAACAUGGAUUAACUAUCUAUGUAUAAAAGCACAAACAAGA